AUGAGUGACACUGCAUUAUCAUUUGUUGAUUGUCACAUAAUGUCUGUAAUCAUAUUGGACACUUUAAUUGUGUUAUCAUACAACUUGAAUCGUGUUCCAACUGAAACACGCUUUUGUCCACCUUCUCAGGAUCUGAUAUCCCCGGAGAUCAAAGUGAUAUACGAUACACGGACAAAAGUUGUAUCUUAUAUUAGACACUUCCUCGACAAUCUUGGUUUUCUGAAGGUCGAUUCUCCCAUAUUAACCAUGGUUCCUGGUGGAUCUGAUGUACAUCCUUUUGUGAAUCCUUACAACGACCUAGGCAUGAAAAUGUUUAUGGAAAUUGCUCCUGAACUUUAUCUAAAGCAGUUCAUUGGUGGUGGAAAAGAACGUGUAUAUGUAAUUGGACAACUACUUAGGCACGAUGGGAUUCGUCUGAUACGUUGUCCUGAGUUCAUGUGUGAGUUUUAUAUGGUUCUUGCGGAUUACGACUAUUUGAUGAAGCUGACUGAAGAAAUGUUGAGCGGCAUGGUGAAGGAGCUGACAGGUGGCUACAAAGUUGCAUAUCAUGCCAAUGGGUAUGAUAAUAACCCGAUUGAAAUUGACUUCACUCCUCCUUUCAGAAGGAUUUCAAUGAUUGAAGAGUUGGAAAAGAUGGCAAAUCUUAGCAUACCCAAAGGCCUUAAGAGUGAGGAAGCUAGACAAUAUCUUGCUGAUGCAUGCAACAAGUUUGAUAUCAAUUGUUCACCACCUCAAACGACAACACGAUUGUUGGAAAAACUUUCAAAGCACUUUCUAGAGGACAUGUGUGUCAAUCCUACUUUCAUUACGGAGCAUCCUAAAAUAAUGAGUCCACGGGCAAAAUUCGUGAGAGACAACCUAGGAUUGACUGAACGCUUCCAAUUGUUUAUUAACAAGUUUGAGCUCCUAAAUUCAUACACCGAACAAAACGACCCUGUGUUACACCGCUUUCGAUUUGCAAAUCAAGUAAAGGAUCAACAAUCAGGAGAUGGGCAAACAGUGUUAUCUAUGGCUCUUGAUUACGGUUUGCCAACAACUGGUGGGUGGGUUUUGGGUAUUGAUAGGCUUACAAUGUUGCUCACUGAUUCACAGAUCGUCGAGAAGUUAUACUUUGCCGACCAUGAAACUAGAACUACACCAUGAACAGACUAUCAAAGAAGAUAUUGUGGCAAAGUGAAUUUAAUAUAAAUGUCUGAGGGUGAAGCUGAAGAUUGUAUGCCAACUCUAAAAAUGGUUACUUCGCAAGAAGCACUUGUUGCUUAUGCAGUCCUAAAACACUACACCUGAAUGAUGACAUCUUUUACUAAGUUGUACUAGAUAUUGUAUUAUUUAAAGAUUUAGUAUUAAUACUCUUGACGAUUCUUGAAGAGGCA